AUGCCACGUCGAACGGCGUCAAUAGUUUCUUCAAAUGCCGCCUCUACGCUACGUGAGCUCGCAACAAAGAUACUAGCUCAACCUCCGUCUAAAGAGUCUCUCGAUACGGUCGCAAUCAUUUAUAUCAAGUAUCUCAACGAAGAAAGCGACGAUAAAAAGACUCUUCAAUGUCUUCAAGAAUUAAACGAGAUGAAGUUUCUGGAGAAUGCUUUAUGGCCAUUAAUUGACAUUCUUCAGACUGUACGUGACUGUCGCCAUCAUGUGAAAAAAGCUUUUUUAGUGUCGGUAUUGCUCCUCGUGAGCUUUAGAGCUCGAGAGGGGGACAUGACGUCCUUCACGACCAGUUCAAGUGGAGUGUGGGGGUUUCUACAAGACGGGGAAGCAGCUUGGAAGGCGUUUAUGACGACAUUGUGGACAGUAUUAGAGGAAGCAAACAAUGAGAUGAAGGACGAUGCCAAGUGGACAUUAAAAGACGAGACAGCGCUGACUCAUUUCCUGAUUACGUGCUUUCAGAGUCUUGAAGUACCGCUGGUGGCGUCGUCUGUGCUGCAGAUGACGUCUCUGCCUCUCUGGACAGCACUAUCGCCAACGCAACGAGCGCUCGAGUUCCAGACAUAUCCAAAACUGGAACGACACUGGAACCGCAUCAUGUCAAAGAAUUCUUUCACCAAGGAAGAAGAAAAAAUAUCCAAAAAGAACAAGCGCCGUAAAGUGAAAUUGAGUGCAGAGACUCCAUGCCAUGAGCAAACGGCAUUGGUGCAUCGACUAGAUGCGUUUUUCCGGGAGCUAAAAGCUCCAGUUGAAGAAAACGUUUCAAAGGAUGUGGUAGUUGCACGACUGCGCUUUGUAGUGUCAUUUCUGGCCCUGCUGAUUGACCUGUUGAGUCAGCUGCCCACGCGUCGCUUUUUGUUGACAGUAUUGAGACGUCGCCACAUUCGCACUGCGCUUCGAAAUAGUGGGUUGGUGCAGUAUGCGCUGCAGUGGCAGAGUGCUAACGACAGACAAGCUCUCACCAAGCAGUUGACUCUACUCGAUGCAUGUAUGAGGUUUCCCGUUGAUGCGCACAUCGGCACACCACUUUCAUCACGGGAUUACCGCGAAUAUCAGGAUCGCCACAUCCAGGCAUUGCAACAGCGCGCGUUCCAGUCAUUCAGGAACUCGAGAGUGGAAGAACUGGCCAUUGCUCCUUGUGGCCACAUUGCGAACGCUUCCAGCUUCGCAGAGAUGCUGAACUCCAUCGUAGCUGCAGAUCGCGCGCGGCUCUUGUCAUUCGCUAUCGCUGUUGGUGUGCUAGCAGAUCACACUGAAGCUGACAUGGUCUCUAAUGCCGAAUUGAUCGAAUACUUUCAGGAGGAAUAUUCGAUUGAUAGCAGCAACGGGCAUGAUGCACUUUCGUGUGACCAGCCUGUGUUUCCCACAGAAUUAGAGAUUUGGAAUGAAAUGCUGACCCGAAAGGAUGCGUUUGUGCAAAACGCCAGAGCAUCAGAUGACGAUGAACCGAUGCAAACAGUGGACCAAGCAGCAAAUAGCUUGUACAAUGCUGACGAUACCAACUUGUUUCCAGUGCUACCCAUACGCAAGUUAGGUUUGCAAUUUUUGAAUCUCACGGACUAUCUGCAGCGCAAUUAUGAGUUGCUCCGAUUGGAAGCUGCUCAAGAUAUUCGCGGAGAUCUUGAGACCGCUAUCAAGCAGCUUGAUGCUGUGCGUACUUUGCGCUCAUCGAGUGAAAAUGACACAAUUUUUCGUGGUUUCUCUCGUUUUAGCGUACCGCUGGCAAGUGCGCUCCAAAUUGUGAAAGUGAGUAAACCAUUACUCGGCCAAUCUGCUCCAGCAACGGUCAUUGCGCACCUUGAGGUGGAGCUGUCCAGCCGCCAUGAGCGUAAGCACUUUGAUUGCUAUCAGACCAAGGAGGUGGUAUUUUUAGUGACGGUGAGAGCUUCAGCUGACGAAGGCUACGAAAUGAUGGGGUUUCAGAAACAGCCAAAAAACGAGGGAUCCUUUCCUGAGAGGUACGGAGUGCAGUAUGUACGUGCAGCGGAAAUCGUGGAGGUGAAAGAUGCUGUUGGUAUCGCUAUUAACAACGAAAACCCGGUUGGGAAAGGCAGCAAGAGGAUGUUUAAAUUAGCCUUGGAUGGUGUGCAAUACAAGAAUGACCUGGAAGCUGGUCACCUCGAGGCAUACGAUCAAUUGAAUUUGUUGGUACGGCGUAUGCCUCGUGACAACAGUUUUAAGGCUGUACUGGACACAAUUCGUGGAACAUUGCGUGAUGUUAACAAGGAAGAAUUGUUACCAGUAUGGUUACAUGACCUCUUUUUGGGAUACGGCGAUCCGACGGCUGCUCUGUAUAAGUCGAUUUACAAGGCGAGGGCAGAGAAGCAGUUGAUAGUUCCUAUGGGUGGGCUGCUUUUGGAUGGUAAACAUGCACUUGAAGCCGGUGGUGCUGAGAAGCUUGUGAAUGGCGAUGAUGAAAUGCAGGAGCUUAGUGCUAAGAAUGCAGUUGCCCCAUUUGUGUAUGUCGAGAAUGUCCGUGAUGGCUCGAACUUUAUUCGCGCGUCUUACAGAAAGGUGUCCGCUGUCCGCUCGAGCAUUAAUUCUCCAGUCCGUUUUACUAAAGCACAAGUGACUGCCGUGCGUACAGGAGUGUGCGAAGGAUUGACACUCGUUGUGGGUCCACCAGGUUCGGGUAAGACAGAUGUAGCUGUACAGCUCGUGUCGAAUUUGUACCGCUCCAUCUCAUCACACGAGAAGGUUCUUAUUGUGGCUAGUUCAAACCACGCACUAGACUUUUUUUUUGCGAGAAUCCUAGUACAAAACGUCAUCCAUGAAGCUGAAAUCGUGCGGUUGGGUCAACCGCAACUCGCAAAUGAGAAUCAUUCACUCGGGAAGGAAGACAAGGGGGCUUUUCAAGCGAAUUUCAGUUGCAAUGGGCGCGUAGCAUUUCUGUUGGAGCGAAGGGCAACCUUGCUGGCAGAGGUGGAGCAGAUGGCGCAAUGGCUCAUCAAGCGCAAUCCCACGCAAUACGCUGGUCUGGGUGGCGGCUCCGCGUCAUAUUCUUGUGAGAAUGCUCUUAUUUUCUACCAGUUUCACAUGAAGGCAUUUCUUGAUGCGGGUCGUGAGUCCAUCGAUGGCAACGGCGUAGCACUCGCGGAGUUUUUCACAAUGCGUAAGGGCAAGCCGCACAGCACGGUCGAGGUCUUGCGUCAAUUUGCUAUGGAUAAUGAGUCGUAUUUCGCAGAGCUCCGGCGCAUUCAACCGUUUGAGUUGCUCCAGACCCCGCGCCAGCGUGGCGACAUGUAUCUGAUCCAUCACGCUCGCAUUGUAGUCAUGACAUGUUCGCACGUGGCGUUAAACUACAGCAGGCUUGCGAACCUUGGGCUGAGGUUUGGAAGUCUGAUUAUGGAGGAAGCUGCACAAGUAAGCGAGUUGAACAGCCUUGUCCCACUUUUGUUGGCAUGCUCCAAAAAAGCUGGAUCAAGUGAUAAAAUGUGCUCAGGCCUCAAGCGAGUCGUACUCUUGGGAGAUGCGAAGCAGCUUCCACCCGCGGUGAAGUCGCUUGCAUUGAAAAACUAUGCACACUUUGACCAGAGCCUCUUUACUCGAUUCCUGCGUCUUGGUGUACCUCCCAUUGUGCUUGACAGCCAAGGUUGCAGUAGGAGUGAGUUGGCUGACAUCUACCGAUGGCGAUACGAUGAUAUCUUCUCCAGCGAAGGUAAACCUACGUUGGGUGAUUUGUCUCGCGUUAAAUCUAGACGGGAAUACCAGACUCGCAACGUUGGGUUCUUGCAUGUGGCACAAUUUGUGGACCUUUCCAAAACAUCCGAAGAGCGUCAGCCGAGACCUUUUGCUUAUGAAAAUGAAGAAGAGGCCCGAUUUGUUGUCGCUCUGUUCCAGUACAUGAUGAAUAUCGGCUAUCAUGCAGAUCAGGUGGUCAUUCUUACGGCCUACAACGCACAAAAAGAACUCUUGCAGCGGCUACUGCGCACCGAUGCUUCUCAAGUUGCCAAGACGUGCCACGUAUCUACCGUAGAUAGCUUUCAAGGCCAGCAGAAAGAUUUCGUAUUGCUAUCUACGGUGCAUAGCGGGACUAGCGUGGGGCAUCUGCGUGAUGUGCGUCGUGCUUCAACAGCCUUCUCCCGCGCACGGCUUGGAUUGUAUGUAGUGGGAUGCCUCAAGACGCUGGAGCAGGCAAAGGAGUUACAUCCGUUCCUGUCCAAUUUGUUGUCUGUAGCGAAGCAGCAAAACAGCAGUGGCAAAGCGACUCAGCUAGCACUUUUGCCAUCGGAGAGGGUGGGGGUAGCCAAGACGAAGUCUGCAGCGAAGUCUAACGUCGUCUACGUCUCGGACCGGAAAGAGCUAGAGAAGGUGGUGAACGACCUGAAAAGUUAA